UGGUUCAUUUUCCAUCAACGCUGGAAACGGCUGAAUUGCCACACUGUCUUCUAAUUAAAUUUCUUUAAGAAAAACCGGGAAGCUGCCCAAGAGAUGUUCAACAUGUCCAGCGCCGAGGUCCCUAUGCUGGAAGGUCAAGUCGGGCAUCAGCUAUUAGAAAGAUCGAUUGCCAAUCGAGGCCAAAAAGUGUUUGCCCAGUCGAGUCAUCGUCAAAAAGUCCAGGGACAAAAUGCGGUGAAAACCCCGGCAGGAAUGGAGCGGCUGCUUCAACAAACUUACAGCGAAAAGCGAGUGGAGCGCGACGAUGUGGCGGAAAGAGUGGUGAAGAACUUCGCUAUAACCGACAUGGAUGAUAAAGCCGGAGGCACCAGGGUUACCAUCAGCGAGCAGCAGCUAGACCCCGACUAUGGACUGUCUUCAGAGGGCAAAGACGUGGUUACCGUGAAGGAAACUGUCUCAGUCACCCCUUCAUACACAUCGACUGCUAGAGAAGUGGUUCAUGAAGUGAUUAAGCCUAGGGUUCAGAUCAGCCCGAGUGAACUGGCCAAUAUGGUUGAAGAAGAAACGCAAGAUGUAGAAAACACCUUAAAGAUGGUCCCUCCGGAUCUGACCUUCCAAGAGGAUCGCUACGCUUCGAAGAAGCGACUGCAGAAACUGAGGCUAACCACCGAAUCCAUAUUAUUGCUGGAAGAAUCUGUAGUAAAUCCGGUGCCAACAGCAGAUGAGGCCCUGACUGAGACUCCUCCAGAGACACUGGCCAACAUUAUGCAUACAAUAGAGAGCGGCGUCACUCCUGAAUGCGAUCCCGAUCAAGUGUUCCACACAUUGUUUGAGGAGAAAUCCACCGAACAAUCGGUGGUUUUGAGUUCGAUCGGCCCGGGACCUUUACAAGACGUUGUAGUUCCGCAAGUUCUCUCCAAGAACAUCCACAAAGAGUCAAUGACUCCAGACCUUACGGAUCUCACUAACAUCUACAAGAAUGUCACUGACGCUAAAGACUGGCCACCCGUCGAUAUUUUUGCCUCUGUUAUGGAUGAUGAAGCAAAGUCGCCGAAGAAAGGAAUAAAAUCCCGGCCGUUCAAGCCACUGCAGGAUGAAGAAAUGCCUUGGGCUGAAGAAGAUUUGGAGCCCUUGGUGAAUAUAGUGGGAGCGGAGCCGGCUGCAGUGCUGGAGCCUUUCAACAUCCACGAGCUGGAGUCGUCCGGAAAUCUGGAAACUGAGCUCUCGCACGGGAUUGAGUAUUUUGUGGAAGCUGAUCCAGUCCAGUAUAUGUCCAGAGUGCAGCUGCGCGGCUCCCAGCCGCCCUCUUGGUUUCCAGGCUACAUCUACGCUUUGCCCGAAUUCCCAGACGUAGUAAAACUGGCUAGAAAUCCCGAUGAAGUGUUUGCUUCCAGCUGGAAAUCCUGCCGCCCGAAAAUAAUCCCCGAUAAUUCCAUAUCGGUCCUGCAUUGAGCUUGCAGAGAAAAAACCCGCACCAGUAACACGCAAAUUUUCAAAACAAACUUUUAUUUAAACCUACUUAGUCUCCUUUGGAGGCCCACCUGAAGCUACAUGCAAGAAAAGCGCGAAGUUGGCAAACUAUUUUAAUUGCUGGAAAUUUGAGGCUCAAAUAAAUUAUCUGAGUGGUUCAUCAGGUACUACAUAUAUUGUCCUGAGACUUGA